UGGUGUGGCUAAAUAAUUGAUUUUGCUCUGAUCACAUGGAGGUUCUCUGAAUAAUUCAUGAAGUCUCGGCAUCUCUCUACCUCAGCCCAUCACAGUAGCUUUGCCCGGAUGCUCCCUGGACACCGCUGGAAAUGGAGUUUCGGUAAACUAUCGCACCAUGUUCACUGUAUGGCAACAUCUUGCAUGUCAGAACCCACGUUACCUGUAGAGCCAUGUGGAAGGAAAUACUAAUGGACCCUCUCUGAGAGAAAGAGAGAGAGAGAGAGAGAGAGAGAGAGAGAGAGAGAGAGAUUGAGAGAGAGAGAGAGAGAGAGAGAGAGAGAGAGAGACCACGGGAGCCUGGUUUGGGGUUGGAUACAGAACAAACCCAGCAUACAAAGGAAGAACCGAAACAGAGGCAGGCAGAGUUCUGGAUCGCUCCCUGAACCGCUUCUCCAAUCCAGAGGAACUAAAGUCCAAAUCCAACACCCAGCCUGAACUAACCGGAGCGGGAAGAUGAAUGCCAUGAUUGCCAAGCUGGACCCGCGGCGGGUGGAGUGGGAAGCCUCCUGGUACGGACUCCACUCCCGCAUGCUGCGCACCAAGCCUGUGGGGUCCAUGCAGGAGGGCGCGGCAGACCUGCACGGCACCAGGCUGGCCCGGGUGCUCACCACAGUGGACCUGGUGUCGCUCGGCGUGGGCAGCUGUGUUGGCACGGGCAUGUAUGUGGUAGCGGGGCUCGUUGCUAAGGAGAUGGCCGGCCCUGGCGUCAUCUUGUCUUUCAUCAUCGCUGCAGUGGCUUCCAUUCUGUCAGGGGUGUGCUAUGCAGAGUUUGGGGUGCGCGUGCCCAAGACAACAGGCUCCGCCUACAGCUACAGCUAUGUGACUGUGGGGGAGUUUGUGGCCUUUUUCAUUGGCUGGAACCUCAUACUGGAAUACUUGAUUGGCACGGCAGCAGGUGCAAGUGCUCUCAGCAGCAUGUUUGACUCGUUGGCCAAUCACACCAUCAGUCGCUUCAUGAUCAACCACCUCGGCACUCUCAACGGCCUGGGCAAGGGAGAGGAGUCCUAUCCAGACCUGCUGGCUCUAAUCAUCGCCCUCCUGGUGACUGUGGUUGUGUCUUUCGGUGUGAAGAACUCUGUGACCUUGAACAACGUGCUCAACGUGCUCAACCUGGUGGUGUGGGUCUUCAUGGUGAUCGCGGGGCUCUUCUUCAUCAGUGGGGCUAAUUGGGAAGGGGGCAGAUUUUUACCCUACGGCUGGUCUGGGGUCAUGCAGGGAGCUGCCACUUGUUUCUACGCAUUUAUUGGGUUUGACAUCAUCGCCACCACGGGGGAGGAGGCGAAGAGUCCCAACACGUCAAUCCCCUACGCCAUUACCGCCUCCCUCAUCACCUGCCUCACUGCCUACGUGUCUGUUAGUGUUAUCCUGACGCUGAUGGUGCCUUAUAACCAGAUUGAUGGCGAUGCCCCACUGAUGGAGAUGUUUGCUAUUCACGGCUUCAUGGCGGGGAAGUAUGUAGUGGCCAUAGGGGCCAUCGCUGGUCUCACCGUCAGUCUGCUGGGCUCUCUGUUCCCAAUGCCACGGGUCAUCUAUGCCAUGGCUGGGGACGGCCUCCUCUUCAGGUUCCUGGCCCACGUGAGCCCCUACACAGAGACCCCGGUGGUGGCGUGUGUGGUGUCGGGCUCCCUGGCGGCGCUCCUCUCUCUGCUGGUCAGCCUGAGGGACCUGAUCGAGAUGAUGUCCAUCGGCACCCUGCUGGCCUACACGCUGGUGUCCGUGUGUGUGCUGCUGCUGCGCUACCAGCCCGAGCCGGACUUCCAGGGCCACGGGGGCUACCUCUCGGGGGGGGACGGCGACGACGGCGUGGGCAAAAUCAGGAGGGAGGGGGUGCUGGCCGAGUGCGAGCAGGAGGCAUACCAGGGCGCUCAGGACCACAACGACGGCACGGGAAAUACCUGCGGGGCCAAGAACCUGCCGGGCAAGGGGGACGACGAGAGGCUGAUUGACGGCUCGGACCCCCUGGGGUACCAGUCUGACAGCUCGGGCUACGGCCUGAGCGAGAAGAGCAUAGAGGCGGAGCAGGUGGACAGUGCCCCCACCGCCCUGCUGAAGAGAGUGCUGGGUCCCCACUACUAUACCCUCCGGGUGCGUCUGGGCCUGCCUGACUCCAGCGACAGGCCCACGCCGGCUACGGGUCGCACGGUCACCAAGUGCGUGGUUCUGCUCUUCGUCCUCACUUUCCUCCUCUGGUCCAUUGUCAUCUACGGCCUGGAUCGGGAGACUGGUGGCGCCCGCUGGGCCCUAGUGCCGCUGGUGGUGGUCAUCGUCUUUAAGAUGGUGGCCCUGCUGGUUAUCAUCCUUCGGCAGCCUGAGAGCCCCAAGAGGCUCCCGUACAUGGCGCCCUGCGUGCCCUUUGUCCCUUUGGCUGCCAUGUUGGUCAACAUCUACCUGAUGCUCAAGCUCUCCAGCAUCACAUGGGUGCGCUUCGCUGUGUGGUGCUUUCUGGGUCUGCUGAUCUACUUUGGCUAUGGAAUGUGGAAGAGCUCUCUGGAGCUGUUUGCCCAGGAGGAAGAGGCUCAUGCUAGUACCUACCAGCGCUAUGACGCGGGUGUGGAUGACAGCUUCACGGUGGAGGACGAGCCCCAGCCUCAGCGCGACGCAGACGAGGGCCCGUAUCAGGGCUGGGGAGGUGAGGAUAAGGGCGAUCAGGACCAGAGCCAAUACCAGGAAGAGCAUCAGUACCAGCAACAGCAUCAGUACCAGUACCAACAACAGCCUGCAGCAGACAGCCACAGGACCACUGGCAAGACAAAAAGCAGAGGCCGGACCAGGAAGGGUUUUGAGGAGCUGGUAGAUGAUGAUGAUGAUGAUGAUGAGGAGUAUUUACCUGAGUGAGUGACAAGGGGCAGUUGUUGUCUGUUGUUGUCUGUGUGCAGUUACUGUUUGCAAUGUGUUUUUUUUAUUUAUUUAUUUCCCUUUUGAUGCUGCUUGUUUUGUGGUGUAUGGCUGAAAAAGAGUGAAAGGGUGUUGUUACUGUAUCUGACUCUACCCUGAAGUAUCUAUUAUUCCCCUCGAAUCUAAAAGAAAUUAGAUUGACAAAUUACAAGUUAUAGAUUAUAUUAAAACAGCAUCAGUAAGGACAAAACUCUGAACUAUGAAACAGUGCCUUUCUUUGUGUAAUUUAAAGGCUCAUUUUUCAUUCACAAAUAAAAUAUGAUAUUGUAAACUCUUCUAAGGACCAGAUGUUUGUCAAAUGUGUUUGUGCAACUGAGGUAUCUUUGUGCUGCUAUGAUUAUGUGCAGAUGUCCACAAUAUUGAAAUCCUAUUCACAGUAAAUUCAACAGUCCAUGUGCAGAACAUUUGCCGUGCAAGUUUUGGUCAUCUUUUUAAUAGAAGUAGUAUUUCAGGCAAAACAUGAAGCAUUCAGCUACUUUGAACUACUCUGACCAAAUUUCAUAGCCUCCCUUUAUGGAAACCAAGGACAGCCACUUUUGUAAUAGUGGCCACAAAUAUACAUAAAAUGCAACAAAAUCAAUCUGAAGAGCAGUGAAAAAGAGUAAUGUUUUUAUUUGUUUUCUGAAAACUAAUGUAUGGAAAUGUAUACAGAAAUAUAGCUUUCAAAUACAAUUGCAAGAUGAAUUGAUUGUUUGUCAAGUUUUCUGUUACCAGAAGCCUCACAGCUCACCACAUCCAUCUUUGGAUCAGCUACAUGUCAUUUCACAGAAAACCCCUUAUAAGUAGAUUCUGUGGCAAGUAUGGAAUUCCUUUCAAAAUGUCCAAAAUGAUGUUGAAGUGAUAAGAUGGGUUUGAUAAGUGUUCUUGUGUGCUUCUCUGUUCUUCAGUGUCAAAACUGUUUACAUUUCAUCACUGACACAAUGCACAUUGUUUAAUGUAUUUCAAUACUAUUCAAAGGUAUGUGAACUGUU